UUCAUAUUCCAGGAUAUAUAAAAUAGAUAAUGGUACUCCACAAGGAAGUGUGUGCAGUCCAGUAUUGUUUAAUAUCAUGAUAAAUGAUGUGUUCCAGAAUGUCAAAAUAGAUAUAGGAAGAUCUCUCUAUGCUGACGAUGGAGCGAUAUGGAAAAGGGGUCAUAAUGUAUCUCAUGUGAUAAGAGUCAUACAAUUAGCGGUUAAUGAAGUGGAGAAAUGGGCGAACAAAUGGAGUUUUCGACUAUCGGUGACUAAAACUCAGCUAUUAUGUUUUGCGAAGAAGAAUCAUAUUCCAGAAAUAAAAGUGAAGUUAUAUGGACAAGUACUUGAACAAGUUAAAGAUAUAAGAUAUCUAGGAAUAUGGAUGGAUUCCAGGUUGACCUUUAAGAUACAUAUUCAGAAGUUGAUUGAUAAGUGCAAAAAAAGGAAUAAUAUACUUAGAUGUCUAACAGGAAUGGAAUGGGGAGCUAGUAGGAAAUCUUUAUUAAGAAUAUAUAGUGCACUGAUUAGGUCAGCAAUUGAUUACGGAUGCAUAAUUUAUGGAUCUGCUUCUAAAUCCUUGAUUAAAAAAGUAGAAAUUGUUCAGGCACAAUCUUUAAGAAUAUGUAGUGGAGCUUUCAGAUCUUCUCCAGUCUCAGCCAUACAAGUGAAGGUGGGAGAAAUGCCUAUAAGUUUACGAAAAUUGAAAUUAACUAUGAAUUAUUGGAUAAAUCUAAAAGGGCAUUCAUAAUUACAUCCUGUAAAAGACAUAUUGAAGGAUUGCUGGGAAUAUGGGAAAAAUGAAAUUAAAAGUUUUAGUUGGACAGCAACUAGAGAUGCUACGAGUUUAGGUAUUACAGAAAUCUCAGUUAGUCCCUCUGUUGUAAUGCCGAAUAUUCCUCCUUGGAUGCUUCCUAUGCCUCAAGUAGAUUUUCAUCGUCAAUAUAUGGUUAAGAAUGAGAAAACAAUCUAAGGAGUUUGUUGUUCAACAAUAUCUAGACCAAAAUUACUCUUCAAUGCUCCAUAUCUUCACAGAUGGCUCUAAAGAUCCUAUAUCAGGAAAUUCAUCUGCAGCUGUAUAUAUCCAAAGAUUACAAGUCAAAAUUCAGAAAAGGAUAACUCAUUUUGUAUCAGUCUUCACAACAGAGCUAAUAGCAAUUUUAUUAGCUAUUCAAUGGGUGGAGGAAGUUAAGCCUACUAGGGUAGUCAUCUGUACUGAUUCCUUGUCAGCUUUAAAUAGUUUAAUAAGUGAACAAUCAACAUCAGGGAGGAAUUUAAUCUAUGAAGUACUUAUAAAUCUGCUUAGGAUUCAGGAAAUGGGUAUAGACCUGAGGUUCCUAUGGGUACCUGCACAUGUAGGAGUACUAUGGAAUGAGAUCGUCGAUAAACUGGCCAAACAAGCAUUGAAAUUUAUGAACGUUGAGGUACAAAUUCCACUGAGCAAAGCAGAAAUAAAAGGAAGAAUUAAAGAACACAUGAAUAAAAAGUGGCAGGAAAUGUGGGACAAUAAUUUAAAGGGCAGACACCUAUACAAUAUUCAAAAACAAGUUGGCAAAGGGAGAAUAUGUUUUACCAAUAGAAAAGAAGACAUAAUAAUUACUCGACUUCGAAUUGGACAUUCUGGUUUAAAUCAUUCAUUAUUCAUAAUAGGGAAACAUCAGUCAGGAUUAUGUACAACAUGCAGUAAAGCAGAGAAUAUUGAGCAUGAACUUCUACAUUGUGCAUUAUAUUCCAAAGAAAGAGAAGAGUUAUUUAAGAAACUGAGAAACAUGGGAAUAAUUAAUUUUACUAUAUCAAAUCUGUUAAGUUGUGCCUCGAGGCAGUCAAGUACUAUGAGAGAAAUUCUUAGGUAUCUGAAGAUAACAGGAUUGGAAAGCAGAAUAUAAAUUUCAUAUUAAUACUACCGGUUGGUUUAUUUAUGUAAUUAUUAUUAUUUAGUUAUAUAUUUAUUUAUAUUUAAUUAUUUAUAUUUAAUAUAUAUAUAUAUAUUUCUUUUUACUUCCUUCCCGUUAAUGUUUCGUACCCCAGUCCAGUCGGUGGUGGUAAUACACCAUAAGUUGGCUUGUCAACCGCCAUUAAAUCAUACAAGAAGAAGAAGAUCAAGACUUUUAUUUUGGUACGCCGCUGAGACGUCAUAAGGAAGCGUCGCGCUCCUGUGUCUGUUGUGAUUCGGCUGAAGAAAGAUUGUCCAAACAGACAGAAAAACUCCUGAGAUCCUCACACUGUUAUAAAGAUGGAGUUUA